AGUGGGAGGGAUAAUGCCCCAUUAUUGGUGUCAGUGGGAGGGAUAAUGCCCCACCUUUUAUAUCAGUGGGAGAAAUAAUGCCCUUCAUAGGUGUCAGUGGUAGGAAUAGAGCCCCAUCACUGGUGUCAGUGGGAUGAAUAGUGCCCCAUCAUUGGUGUCAGAGGCAGGGAUAGUGUCCAAUUGUUUAUAUCAGUGGGAAGGAAUAGUGCAGCAUGGUUGGGAUCAGUGUAAGAAUUGGUGCCUCAUAAAUGGUGUCAUUGGGGGAAUGGAGAUAUAAUGCCUCCCAUCAU